AUGAGGCCCACGCAGCGCCUUCUUCUCGGUAUCCCGCGUACAGUGCGGUCGAUUCUCGUCAACUCGGUCGCGGCCACUGCCAACGCUACUGCCUCGUCCUCCACCGCUGCGCUGCCGACCGCACCUGCUCCUCCUGCCGACGACGUCACUGUGCACGGCUGGGUCCAAUCCGUUCGCGCGCACAAGAACGUCGCGUUUGCCGAGGUCGGUGAUGGAAGCGGAGAGGAGAUCCAGGCCGUCUUGAAGGGCAAGGGACGCGCCGAAGGACUUUCUGCCGGUACCGCUGUCCGACUGACCGGUACGAUCAAGCCAUCCCGCGGCGCAGGCCAGGCUGUCGAGCUCGCCGUGUCCGAGUGCGAGGUCCUCGGACCAUGUGACCCCGAAACGUAUCCAGUCCAGAAGAAGGCGCUCCCUGCGGCCGUGCUGCGCGAGUACGCGCACCUGCGUUUCCGUACAGGAUACACCACGUCGGCUAUGCGUGUGCGAGACGCGCUGGCACGCGACUGGCAUGAUUGGCUCGAGGACAACGAGUUUGUUCACAUCCACACCCCGAUCCUCACGUCGUCCGACUGCGAAGGCGCCGGCGAAGUCUUCACCGUUGCCCAGUCUCUUCCGGCCCCAGCUGCCCCCGUUACCACUCCGGCCACGCCUCCCCCACCACCACCGUUCUUCCCCCGUCCCGUCAACUUGACCGUCUCUGGCCAACUGCACCUCGAGGCCCCCACCCAUGCCCUCGCACGCACGUACACGCUGUCGCCGUGUUUCCGCGCCGAGCCCUCGCAGACAUCGCGUCACCUGGCCGAGUUUUACAUGCUCGAGGCCGAAGUCGCGUUCGUGAGCUCCCUGCCGGAACUGUGUGAUGUCGUCGAGGCCGGCGUGAGGGGCACCCUCGAGAUGCUGCUGUACGGCGAGUCCCCGCGCUGGGUGCGUGCGCGGGCGGACAUUGUGCGCAUGGCGCAGCUCGCUGCGGCCGCGGCAGCUGAGAAUGGACCCGAGGACGGCGAGCCCGCGCCCGCGGCUCCCUCCACUCCCGAGGAGGCCAUGGAACACCUCUACACGGCCGCCAACGAGCCCUUUGCGCGCAUCUCGUACACGGACGCCGUGGCAGUCUUGCAGACCGAGCACGCCGCAGCGCCAUUCCUCAUCGAGCCCAAGUGGGAGGACGGCCUCGCGAGCGAGCACGAAAAGUGGCUGGCGGGCGUGUACUUUGGUCGCCCGACGUUUGUCACAGACUACCCGGCGUUCCAAAAGCCCUUCUACAUGCUCCCCUCGGACGCCACGUCGCAGCCUGUCGCGUCUACCCACCCUGCUCCGGGACCUACAGUCGCGGCGUUUGACCUCCUGUUCCCGGGCAUUGGCGAGAUGGCCGGCGGCUCGCUCCGCGAACACCGCCUGGACCACUUGACCGCCGCAAUCGACAAGGCGGGGCUGCAGGCAGACGAGUAUACCUGGUACACGGACCUGCGGCGCUUCGGAUCCGUGCCCCACGGCGGAUGGGGGAUGGGCUGGGAGCGCUGGGUUAUCUGGGUCACCCAGGCCGCCAACGUGAGGGACGUGGUCGCGUUCCCCCGCUGGGCGGGCAGCUGCCGUUUCUGA